AUGAGUUCGGCAACAAAAGGGCCGCUGCCCUUGCAACAACAACAACAACAACAAGUAUCAUCUUCUAUAAACAAUAAUGUACAGUCAGCAAACCGUUCGUCAUUAGCCAACAAUUCAAACAAUAAUAACACCAUCAAUAAUUCCACACCAUCUCAGUAUCACCAACAUAUUCGUUCAGAUUUAUUACCUACACAAGAACAAAUUCGUUUAGCACAGUUAAUAGAGGAUAAAAAACAUGAUCAUCCAGAUGUACAAGAUACGGUGGAAAAAAUCUUAAAUGUUGUAGAAAAUUCAACACAAGAAGAUGCUCUUAUUGCUUUACACGAUUCUGAUUAUGAUGUACAAAAAGCCGUAGCAUUAUUAAUGGAAAAAGGACACGAUGUAGCCAGUGAAUGGCACACAGCGGGCUCUAAAAAAAAUAAAAAUCUAAAAAUAAAUAAUGGAACAGGUACAAGUGAUCAAAAUAAUGGUACACCAUCAAACGAUAUUCAAGAGAAUUUACAAGAUACUCGUCAAAUAAUUCCAAAAAAUCAGAACAAUUUAACUCGUCCAAAACGUUCUCGACGUGGAGAACAUCAACAAUCGUCACAACAACAACAACAAUAUUCUGAUUUGUCAGCCGGACGAUUACGUCGUGGUAGUGGUAUGAGACGAGGUGGUGGCAGUGGUUCAUCUCGUUAUUAUGGUGGUCAGCGAGGAACUAGACGAGGCGGCGGUCGAUAUUAUAAUUCAAAUGAUGUGAAUAAUGAAAAUAAUAAUGUAAAUAAUCUAGAUGAUGAAUUGAAUAUAGGUGCUGGCGAUCACGUUGAUUCUCAGAGUGCAGAUAUACUUCAUCCAGUGAAUCAUCAUAUUGAUCAAAACAAUAAAUCAGAGACACAGAAUAUAGCUAUGGAAGUGGGUACAUGGAAUAGUAAUGAACAUCAGAAUCCAUCCGCGUCACAACAGAUACAACAUCAAACACAAAAAAGACUACCAAUACAAGGAGGUAAUGGCCAAGAAACAUUUGAUGUAGGAAAUUGGAAUGGAGAGACGAUUGUGUAUGAGAGAGGAGGAGGAAAUCAAGAACCAGGACGGAAAGGAGUACGAAAGGAGCAGGAUUUAAAUAAUGAGCAACAACGAACAUUUCAACAGCAGCAACCACAACAUCAACAGCAUGAUCUAAAUGCACAUAAUCAGCAGCUACAUCAAGGAUUUAAUGAACAAACAAAUAUGAUAGGUACAGCCUUAGCUGUCUGUCUGUCACCAAGUGGUCAAUUUGAUCGUAUCGAGGCUGAACGUCAGAUCAAAAAUGCUAUUGGGAUUCCACAAAAGCCUCCACAACAACAAUAUCCAGUACCUCAAAAUUUGAUAAAAACGUCGAUGAAUAUAAUGGACUCAUUGCAACAGCCUAAGCAACAACAGUAUCCAUCUUAUGAAUCAUCACAACAAGCAAAUUCUUCUCGCAUUCCACAAGUACCAGUGAUUAUGCCCGAUCAUUUUGAUUCAACAGUAGAAAAAAUUGAUGUACAAUUUGGAAAUUUAGAAUUCGAUGAAAAUGUGCAUCAUCCACCGCUUCAGCAUCCAUAUUUAACCCACUCUCAACAAUAUCCGACUUCCACAAAUUCUCAAUCUCAAAUUGUUUACAGU